ACGCGGCCUAUUUGGUUCUCCGUCCCGACUGAUUCCCGGCUCAAUAACGUUUCUCCUCCAGGGAGCCCACUGGAACUCCAUUAGCUGUGCCGCCUCCUCGCGCGCCCCCAGCGCGCGCCUCAGACCGGUGCUUGGAGAGCGCAAUGUCCCCGAGAGGAAAGAUCCCCUACCUGGAAUGGAUGGUUCCAGACCAGCGGGAACGCGCUCUAAUCCUUAAUGGAAGCAAGCGUGGGAGGAAAGCACAACGUCUAGGACUUCCCUCUAGUGUAAGAACAGGAGGAAGAAGAACCUGAGAAGUCGCCGGGGAAGGGAGGCCAGGAGCAGGCGUCCGGCCCCUUCCCACAGUCCGGGAGAAAUUAGUGUUGCGCCCCGCCCCUCCCCAACCCCCUUUCCCCCCACACACACCAGCGCCCCUCGCCAGCCUUUCUCGAAUUUCCUCUCACGUCUAUCAACAACCUCCUGGUAAAGAAAUCUGCACUGCACAAGUCAAGAGCCUGCAAGGGCGGGAGAUGUUACAGUCCAGCUCUUUCCAUCUUCCCCCUUUACUCUACAUAGUUUCAAAGGUCCGCAUGUCCCUGGUUUUGACCAGUUUUCCAACAGUUUCAACGUUAUGUAUUUCAACUUCCCGUCUCAGUUCACUCGCGUCUGCACCCGUUGCCGAGUGUGGGUGGCGGAGCCCUGGGUGACAGCACUCAGGAUCACGAACCCAUACACUUCUUUAUGCUCGUUGUCAGCCAGUUGCCAAGAGCAGUGGAACAGACACAAGUGGGGGCUGUUUGGAGCGGGAGUGAAGAGCCUUCAAGGCCCAGGAGAGCGCGGAUUCCGGAGUAGGGAGGCGAGGGGGCAGCGUGGGAGACCAGAAGGGAAAAUGGGCUGAAAAGCCAAGCAAACAAAAAACAAAAAACAAACACAAAAACAAACAAACAAAAAAGGUAAAUUGGGCUUUGCUCCGGCUUUACAAAGGCAGAGAUGGUCAAGCCCUCUGACUGACUUUGUGCCUUCUUUAUCCAGUCCUUUGUGAAAUAAGCCGCUUUCUGCCCCGCUGCAGGAGCUUAGGCUGUGGGAGACUCGCUUGCACUGCCCUGGGCCUCCAAGCUCCCUGCUCGCUGAGCCCAGCGCUGACACUCACAGGAGCUGCGUUCGCUGGAUCCUCUGAGAGGCUCUGCAACGAUCCCGAUCCAAUUCAGCAGCGUUAUAAAAGGUAGCCGAGUGGAGAUGCCUUUUCUUGUCUUUUUUCAUUCUUUCAUUCUCUGUCUUUUAAAAUUUUAGCAAUAUCCUGUCUUUUCCCCGUGGAGGGUCUAAGAAUCUUCACUGGGUUUAAUUUAGGAAUUUCAAAUUGGAUAUCUCAAAAUUUGAAUGUGGUCACCUUAAUUGGUAAUCAAGAUUGCGAAGUCUUCCAAAAUAGCCUUUUUCAUCUUAUGUAAUUAGAGGUCCAUGAGCUUUCCAAAGAAGCUCUGGAUUUUCCACGGUACAAAUCUGUAUUUCUCUCUCUCUCCCUCUCUCUCUCUCUGCCUCUCUCGUGCGUGUGUGUGCGCGCGCCUGUGCGUGCGUUUUCUUUCAUUUCUGGCAUUAGGAAACUCGUUCAGGGCCACUGAAAAGUCAGGGGAGGCUCAGAUGUUAUUUCCCACGGAUUCCUGUUUUUCCGGAAACGUUGUCACCAAAUAAGAAUGAGACUGUUAUUUUGUAGAAACAAUUAGCCCCUACCAAAAAAAAAAAAAAAAAAAAAAAAAAAUCACCGGAGGGGAGAAGGCUAGGCUGGAAGAGAAGGAAGCUGCUGCUUGGAUUCGCUGGUGGAGGAAAGUGCGACCGGGAGCUGGGCUUGGGGGCUCUCGUCCCCUUAGUUCAGCACCAGAGGGGAUGGACAGCGUCUCCGGACCGGGCUGCAGCCACAGGAACGCAACUACGCUGCCGAGGCCGCUCUCCUUGCCGCCACUGUCGUCGCCAGGGGCAGCUGGGCUCCUUGCUCCUCGCAGCUAAAAGGAGGUGUCUCCUAUUACUCCCUCGCCUCCCGGUCCUUAAUGGAUGAAAAGUACCCCUCCCUCUACACCUGCUGUACCUAAGGACAGGACUCUGAGGAGUACUCUUGCUCCACCGAUUAAACUCUCAGCAGCAACUUCAAGAAUCAUUUUUCUAUAGGGGCCUGGGAGGAAUUCUGGCAGAAGAGUAAAGUCGAAGUUCUUAGAAGCUCUGAGAAAUCAUGGGCCAUGCAGUAGGGGUCGAAAUGUUAAAAGGCCCACACUUCUUGAAAUAAACAGAAUGGUCCUGAGUGGAUUGCAACUGUUUUGGAAAUAGCUUUGUGAAAAGAGGUUGGAGAUCUACUCAAAAUUCUACGUUAGAGAAACUGAAAAGACAUCUAAUUUCAUUGCUUGGCAGACUGCUCUCCAGAAUGUUGAGAUUGCCCGAGAAGUGACCCCAGCAAAAGAAAAAUAUUGCUCUACCUGAAUUCAAGUUACACUUUCUGACAUUGAUUCCUCUGAAGAUGACAAAUGCCUUCAUAAGACGACAUUCUUUGUGGUGCCAUAGCACAUGGAUUUCAGAACCGCCUGUGAGGAGACAAAGACAGGAAUUUGUUUGCUGCAGGAUGGUAACCAGGAGCCUUUCAAAGUCCGGCUGCACCUAGCCAAAGAUAUUUUGAUGAUCCAGGAACAGGAUGUGAUAUGUGUGUCUGGUGAGCCUUUCUAUUCUGGUGAAAGAACGGUGACCAUCAGAAGACAAACAGUAGGAGGAUUUGGAUUAAGCAUAAAGGGAGGAGCAGAACAUAACAUUCCGGUUGUCGUUUCAAAAAUCUCCAAGGAACAAAGAGCGGAACUUUCGGGACUACUCUUUAUUGGAGAUGCAAUUCUACAGAUAAAUGGCAUUAAUGUGAGAAAAUGUAGACAUGAAGAAGUGCUCUCAGAAUAUUGGCAGCCGGUUUCACCACUCAGAGAAGAGGUUCAGGUUCUUCGGAAUGCUGGAGAAGAAGUGACUCUAACAGUGUCAUUUUUAAAAAGAGCACCUGCUUUCCUCAAACUCCCAUUGAAUGAAGAUUGUGCAUGUGCUCCAAGUGACCAGAGCAGUGGCACCUCCUCUCCUCUCUGUGACAGUGGCUUACAUCUCAACUACCACCCCAAUAAUACAGACACAUUAUCAUGCUCGUCGUGGCCGACAUCUCCAGGCUUGAGGUGGGAGAAGCGAUGGUGCGACCUCAGACUGAUCCCUCUACUACACUCACGCUUCUCUCAGUAUGUGCCCGGCACAGAUUUGAGUCGGCAGAAUGCCUUUCAAGUCAUUGCUGUGGAUGGGGUCUGCAGUGGGAUUAUUCAGAGCCUCUCUGCUGAAGACUGCGUUGACUGGCUACAAGCAAUAGCAACUAAUAUUUCAAAUCUCACAAAGCACAAUAUUAAAAAAAUCAACAGAAAUUUUCCUGUAAACCAGCAGAUUGUCUACAUGGGCUGGUGUGAAGCCCGGGAGCAAGACCCACUUCAGGACAGAGUGUACUCCCCGACCUUCUUGGCCCUGAGAGGCUCAUGUCUCUACAAGUUUCUGGCACCUCCAGUGACCACCUGGGACUGGACGAGAGCAGAGAAAACAUUCUCAGUUUAUGAGAUUAUGUGCAAGAUCCUCAAGGACAGUGACCUGCUGGACCGACGGAAACACUGCUUCACCGUGCAGUCUGAGUCUGGGGAGGACCUGUACUUCUCAGUAGAGCUGGAAAGUGACCUCGCCCAGUGGGAAAGAGCGUUCCAGACAGCAACCUUUCUAGAAGUAGAACGGAUACAGUGCAAGACCUAUGCAUGUGUGCUAGAAAGUCAUCUAAUGGGACUCACAAUUGACUUCAGCACAGGAUUUAUCUGCUUUGAUGCUGCAACAAAGGCUAUCCUUUGGAGGUAUAAGUUCUCUCAGCUUAAAGGUUCUUCAGAUGAUGGCAAGAGCAAAAUCAAAUUUUUGUUUCAGAAUCCAGAUACUAAACAGAUUGAAGCAAAGGAGUUGGAAUUUUCUAAUUUAUUUGCUGUUCUUCACUGCAUUCAUUCCUUCUUUGCUGCCAAGGUAGCUUGUUUGGACCCUCUAUUUUUAGGCAAUCAAGCUACUGUUUCUGCUGCUGCCAGCUCUGCUACCACGAGCAAAGCAAAGUAUACAACUUGACGUACUGAGCUCUGCAUUGACACGCACCAUGACUAUAUAAGCAGGACACAUUUACUCAUCAUUUAGACCCUAGAGAAACCAUAACAUCACCAAGUCGGCAGUGGAGGCAAAUCGAAAUUUUGGCAGAAAAAAGAAGGUCAUGUGGAACCUCAAAAACACUUCCAUUCUGGAUGACAUCUGUGAAACAUACUAUAUGAAAAGUUCAGUUGCUUUGUACCAGUAAGUAUAUUGCUUUCACCAAAAGUGGAGACAAAAAUGAAUUAUUUGAAGAAAUAUGUAAGUAAUAUAAAAAUAGUAAGCUACUUAUAAAUAAAAUACUUAUUAAAAGAUUACUUCUGUAUUUUAGAUUAUUUUGUAUGACUAGUACAUGUUGGGCAGAGUCAUAAACAAAGCCCUAUCAUUGUAUUAUGAGGGACAUAAAAGAAUUAAAAACCAUAAAUCAGCAAGGAGCAUGCAAAAAAAUCACAUCAAAGAAGGAUGUACUUUAAUUUGCUGAUGUAAAUUUGCCCUCGUGUUCUCAUCCCAUGAUUUGACACUGGCAGUCCAAUUGUUUUUAUCUUAUUGUAAAUAUUCCAAAGAACUUCGAAAGGAUAAUUACUUUGACCCAUGAUAGAUACAAUGUGGAAUGGACUAUUCUCCCUUCGAUCACUGUUACUGAAAUGUCUUAUUAGCUGCCAACAAUCAAGUAUGCCAAUAAUGUAUUAAUUUAAUUAUGAGUGAUGGAAAAUUUCAUGAACCUCUCAUUUCUUCUUUGGUUUUAAAUAGAUUUAUAUUUUACCUAAGAAGAUUUAUUAUCAAAUUAAAGUUUCAUAAAUUUUCAGUGAACCAAAAAACUUUAGUAGAGAAAAUAAUAUAAACAAAUAUGGUGUGAGAAGCAAUUCUUUGUAAUCUGAAGUCUACUAGCUAAUCAUGAACUAAAAUGUCCCUCUAAAGCAGUCCCAAAUCUAUUAUAUAUGCUAAUUAAAUGACAUUUUUCCAUUUCAGUACUAUUUUAUUAGAAACAAAGGUGAUAGUUAAAGAUAAAAGUUAAAAAUUUUUAUCUUCCCUUUUCAUGGAAAGUGAUUAAGUAAUGUCAACUAUGCAGGUUAUUUUAGAUAUUUUGUCCUAAGAAUGUAAAUGUGGAAGGCUGGGAAAUUUGAAAGCCUUCGAGGUGUGCAAUUUACUGAGAUUCCAGGUAUUAUACAACUAGUUGUAUAAUAUGGAAAACAUUCUCUGUCCUUUAGUACAGCUUUUUUGAGAUAUUUUUAAAAGUCAACUGUGUAUGUAAGAAAUAACAAAACAAAACUUUGUGUAUUGGUACACAUGCUCCCAGGUAAACCAAGUAUUAGAUGUGUCCUUGUGGAUAUAACCAAGUAUCUAAUAAAUUGAUUCAAUUUUCUUUUUUUCCAAAUAUGUUUUUAAAAAUCACUCAAGAAGGAAACAAAAUGAUUUCUAUAAAGGACAGAUUUAUUAAUUUUAAAAAUUAAUAUCUAGUUGUUUUAUACUCAUUAUGAUUCAUUAAUUUAUUUUGCAUCAGAUUAAUUUGUAAAUACCUAAAAUUGAAAAGAAAAAGUGAGGGUUUAUAAUUGUCCCUGAGAAAAUGUUAAACUGAGUCUAACAUACCUUGCCCAAAGAACUGUGACAAAUUGCAAUAAACAGUUUCAAUGUAAUGUAUUUUGACCAUAAAACUAAGUACACAUUUGUAAUUAGUAUAGAACUUUAGAAUGAUUGCACACUAUAUUGAUCAAACACAACAGUCAUUGUAAAAUUGGAGCCCACCAAAAGCAGGCUUCAGUAGUAGGCCACUUCUGAACUUACGGAGAAAAAGCAGUGGGAUACAUCCAACUUAGAAUUUUCAGCUGUGGCAGGUGGUUCAUUGUAGAACUUCUGCUUCCAACCACAGCUGAAUCUCAGUGUUCCCCAUAUUGGGGUUACAUGAAUGUGUCCACAAUCUGGUCUGAGGCAAUAUGACAUGGGCUAAUUAUCCAUAAGCAAAA